GCGCUAACCACCUUUACACGCCCGGGCAGCCUGCAUUCUCACUAUACGGCACUAAUCUUUUUCUGCGUCUUCACACAGCUACUCUGCACCUCCCGACGCCAAAGGUACCACGGCCUGGAAAGCACAGAGACUUGGCAGGCACAACUCAGCGCAGCCGUGCGGACAGAGGGAGGCAAGGCGACGGGCGCUCCACAUUCUCUGCUCGGGCUCUCCAGUACCGCCGUCGACCACUUAUGGAGGCCCUUCGCUCCCAGCGAUAGGCGCUCGGGGUGCCUCCAGUCCACAAGUCCGGCAACUCCACCGCCAGCCUCCCCCAAACCAUGGCCUUCUUCUCCGGACUCUCGAGCUCUAUCGGCCGGAAGCUUCUCCUCUACGGCCUGCGACAAAUCGACAUCCUCGACAAGGAUCCCGCCGACUUUGUGAGCGUUGACGUGGGGAAGCGCACGACGCUCGAGGUCCGUGAUGUCGGGCUGCAUAUCAAGAAACUCAUAGCACUAUUGCACCUCAAGCUCCCCCAAGAAAUUCAUCUGUCACAGGCGCGAGCCUCCCUACUCCGCGUGACCUUCGUCCUCGACUUCGGCGUACCCCAGAUCUCGAUCGAGGUGGAUGGCAUACAAAUACAAGCUAGAUUGGUCGAGGACGAUGGAGAGGCUGCAGCGUCUCGCUCCGCCCUACAGCCGGCUCCAUCACAGCCCUCGCCACCCCGUCGACUCGCGUCGCCCCCACCCAGCCGAGAUGAUCUGAGCGACCCUGGCUCCGACGACGACGAUGAGCAUGUGCCAACGGUGGACGAGCUCGCCAGGUCGUUCAUGCGGACGGAGCCUGCAGACGAGAUACGCGAGCUGCAAGAAGAGCUGGCAUCUCAGUCACCAUAUAUGCAAGAGUCGAUGGCCUCGAGUGAUGAUGGCGAGGAUGGCGCUGCGGGUAUGGGGGCUCCACUGGCACUUCCGGUAUAUCUGCGAAACAUUCUCAACACCGCCCUGGAUCGCCUCACCAUCACAGUGAAGGAUAUCAAUGUCGAAGUGGAGGACCAAACUUCAGCCGAUGGCCCAGAUUCAUCGAGGACGACCCAAAGCUCACCCACCUCGCUCAGCUUCCAUGUAGAACGGAUUGCCCUUGACUCGAUAACCUCCAAGGAUGUGCGUGUAGAUGUGAGCUCACCAACGCCAGUCGAUGCAGCGAAGCUAGGUAAGAGGAGAAUGAAAGUGGAAAACAUCUGCGCACGUCUUGUGUCUGAUGUCGAAAACUUUGUCUCUUUAUCGAGGUUUUCGCAGCCGCCUUCGCCAGUCAUGACUCGAUCAGAAGUUUCAACUAGCCAAAAGGCCACAAGCGAACCGUCGGCAAGUCAUAUGUCAAGCCAUUCUAUACGUGAAGAAGAGAUAGAACCAUCAGAACCCGCUCCUCCAGAGCCAUCAGAACUACCCGAACUACCAAAAUCACCAGAACCACAGGAACUGCCAGAAGCACCGGUUGUUGAAAGGCUGCCUAGCCCAAUCAACUCGCCCCCGCAAGCACCCGCGAGUCCGCGCGAAGGAUUUGUUUCGCCACUCUCACCCCCAUCGCCUGAGCAGCACCUGCUAGAGCAGCACCCGCUAGACCUAUCUGUGCAUACUGUAGACGAUGAUCGGUUUGCAGACGCGACCUCGGACGAUGGACCAGAUGAUCGCUCGGUAGAUGGCUCACUUGGUCAUUCUCGCCAAUUUCUACCCACUCAUGAUCUAGGUGGGAGCAACAUGUUCUAUGAUGAAGAAGGCUUGAUUGAUUAUGCAAUACAAAAUAACAUGCUCGACUCCCGGUUCGGAGAUCUGCCUAUGAUCGAACCCACAGAAGAAGGUCCGGAUACCUGGGGGCUGCAUGGUGCUACUUCAAGUCAACACACUCGAACAUCGGAACCCGCUAGUGAAGCCUCAACCUCGGAUCUUCCCACUGUGUCCGCCUUGGGACGCUCGUUUCAUCCUCCAAGCGCCACUGCUUCGCCGUCCGAAUCAAGACACUCUGAGAGAAGCCAGGGCCUUGCUGACAGUCUAGGUGCAGCGCAUCAGCACCCGGUUGAGAAUGUAGCAAGCCCCGCCAAUAGCACACAUCAACUUCCGGAAUCACCACCCCCAGAGGAAGAUUUGUCCGAAUCAAAGUUUUUCACUCAUGAUGAGGCGGAGAGCAUGUACAUGAGCGCCAUAAGUGGGGCGCAAGGCAGCUCCAUGCAGGCAGGGCAUAUUCCUGGGGGUUGGGCUUCCUCUUCAGGUUCAAGCAGAGACUCUACUUCAGACAAAUCCGAGCCGAUACCCGAAGAAGUGAUUUCUGCUAGCAUCUUAGCACCAGCACCAGCACCAGCACCAGCACCAGCACCAGCACCAGCACCAGCACCAAUGCCAGUACUAGCAUCAGCACCAGCAUCAGCACCAGUAACAGAGGUUGAAGAUGGCUACGAUACCCCGCGCCCACAAAGCAGGCAGAGCUCAGUAUCAUCUUCGCAAUCUGCACGCGCGCAAACCCCAACUCCGGCUCCACCAGCCUUUCAGAAACAAGCAAGGCGGCUGCUUACAAUCGACGAGAUUACCGUUUGGUUUCCCAUGGGCCUUGAUGAUGGACAAAGCGAAGAGCAGGGUGAUGGGGAUGGCGAUGAAGAUGUUACCGGGGCCCCGGCCUUUGAGUUCAAGCAGCCUAAUUUGGGAGAAGAUUCGAUAUUUGCGGAGAUGCCUGGGUCAUUUUCCAACUACGCGUACUCUUCGUCGCACCGAAAGAAGCCAUCCCUAGACGCAUCCAUUCGGGCACGAACUGCUUCAAAACCAGCACAAAUACCCAGCCGUCCAAAACAGCCUAAGAAAGCAAAUCAGCCCUCCAUCACCGUUGAAGUAGGCUCAAUAGCAGGGCAUAUGGAUGUGUCUACCGGUCGCGUCAUGUUUGGAAUGUUCAAUCGGAUGAUGCAAGCCCUCACUGGCGAUUCGGGUCAACAAGAAGACAAAUCGUCCGUACCAGAACCCACUGGAAACUCAAAGGAACCUUCUCCUGACUUUGACUUGACCGUCAAGCAAAUUGCCUUCUCAUGGCUAGAGAACAUUGCGACUGAAUCCAUGCAAGAGGGAUAUGUUCCGAGCUGGCAACUUGAACCCAAUCCGGUCGAGGCCAUAUUAAGAGUCAAUCUUUCAAAGAUUAGCAUCAACCAACGGAGCGCCGUACAAGAGUCGCAGACUCAGAUUCGCAUUGGGAAGUUUGUCCUCGCAUCCUUGGACCAGGACAUCAUCUCCUUCCAAGGUUCGCGGUCAAGAUCCAAACGAUUGAGUGGCACUUCGGCAGAACAACUUAGCAGUGAUGUGGAAAUUGACUACAUGCGAGGGAAAGAUGAUCGCAUUACAGUCGUAACGCGUCCUGUCAAAAUUAUGUUUGAUGUGCAGAAGUUGGACGACGCGCUUGGCGCAUUUGGUGGGUUCAGUGGCAUGCUAGAAUUGAGCAAUUCUUUCAGCUCUGCUAGCACAUUACAAAGUCCUGUCCUAUCUCCAUCGCGCCCUCGGCCCCGUGGUGUGCAUUUUGGCAACGGGCUUGAGCCUCCAGCCAAAGCGUCCGUGUCGCCUGCCCCACCUACGCCGGCCGUCAAGAGCCCCAAGAUCCAAGUACAGUUUGGCGAAGUUUCUUUCACUCUCAAAGGGAAAGCAUGUUCUGUGAAGCUACAAACGACAUCGGUUCGCAUUGCUGUGCGCCAAAGCAAUGUUCGCCUCAAAGUUUCGGAACUUCAGCUCAUAGGGCCCUACAUUGAAGGUGGCCAGGACAAUCCGCCCUUCAUCGCGGAAUUGAAAGGAACCACGCUCAACUUUCUCUUUGCGCCUGAGGAGACAGACUUGACAAGGCUCAUCUCCAUGAUAACGCCAUCGAAGGAUCCGUACGAAAACGACGACGAUAUCCUGAUUGAGACCCUCCUGCGUCAACGGAGAAAGGGCUCUGUCCUGAGGGUUGAAUUCGCUGAAAUUAGAGUUCGCGUGUCUGACUUGCAGCAGAUGAAGACGUUUGAAGCUCUUGGUGCAGAGUUGUCGCGAUUAUCGAAAGUAGCCAAGUACUUACCGGAUGACGAUCGACCUGGUUUGCUCAGUUUGGUGUCGGUCAGAACACUAGACGUUCGAGUAGUCGUAAACGAAAAGCUUGGAGAUGUUUCAAUCACCCUACAAGACUCGGCUGUGGCUCACGUAGGCGUUCCGGCUUUGCUGGCUACGGAAAUCGGCAAGACAAUUGUUUGUCGGGAUGACGAGGUGCUUGUUCACGAGGUCGUAAAGUUGCGUCCAUCAGAGCAGCUACCUGCGAUCAUGCUAAGGAUGGUUGGCGAUGAGAUGGAGCCCGUGGCGAAAGCGAAAUUUUUCAAUAUCUGCGUCGAAUACCGAGUCACGACCGUCAUGGCGGCACUGGGGAUUUCGGAAGAUGGAACCGUUGAUGACAUUGCUUUGGGCAUUGCGUCAAGUGUCGCGACCAUUACAGGUGCAUCCUCGCCUCAGACACUUAGCCGGCAGUCUUCCGAAGUGAAUUCGCCAUCAUUGCCAGCUGCUAAGCCGCUGCAGAUCGAUCUUCUAAUGAGAAACUGCGCGAUUGGACUGAAUCCCCGGAAAACUUCAUCGAAAGGGCUUUUUGUGCUCACAGAAGCGCACAUUGCAGGCAAGCAGGCGAAAAACAACUACUCAAUCACUGUAGAGCUCCGCAAAGCCUCUAUGCAUGCGAUCGAUGAUGUAGCCCGCUUGGAAGAUGAACGUCAGCCGCCGUCACCAAGUAUGAUGACGAAUCGUCAACUCCAUGAACUCGGCGAGCUGGGAUAUGUGUCCCUGAGUUCGAUUUCGGCCGCCAAAGUGUACGUCAACAUCGUAGAUGACGGGCCAGACCAGCCACAGUUGGUGGAGAUUGAAUUCAAGAACGAACUUUUCGUCAUAGAGUCGUGUGCAGACUCCACGCAGACCCUUAUAGCUAUCCUGAACGGACUCCAGCCGCCUUCACCACCCUCUACGGCAGAGCAGUACCGGACCGUUGUGCCUCUACAGCAGAUGAUGGAAUCUUUCACUGGCGAUGCUUUGAUACAGGACGAUGCAGAAGCUGAUGAUUUCAUGAGCAACGCGGAUCUUGUGGAAGACGAUCUCCCAACUAACCUCGAAUUUGUCGGAAGCAUCUACAACUCCCAGUCUCUGCCAACCGAGGAAGAAAUGGGCGACAGUCUGCUCGGUGAGGAUGAUCUAGGCAUGCUGGCAACACCACCCGUCACUCGCCAACGUGGCGACCGAGCACUGCUAGAAAGUUUCCAAGAGAAAUACGAGAUUACACAGGGCGAGGAGGACUUUGACUUUAGCGAAGAGUAUUUCAGGGACGCAGACGCGGUGCAAAAGGGCAAAGCGCGAAAGUGGGACUCCACCAAGAACCAGUACCAUCUCUCGAACGAGUUCAAGGUUCCAGAUGCACCGCUCAAGGUUCGCGUUCGCGAUGUCAAUGUAAUCUGGAACCUCUUUGAUGGGUACGACUGGCCACGAACGCGCAGCGUUAUUAGCCAAGCCGUAGACGACGUCGAAGCUCGUGCCGAGGAGCGACGACGCAGAGCCAGGGAGGAAGAUGAGGAUGACGACUUUGUCGAAGAAGACUUCUUGUUCAACUCUGUAUGGAUCGGUGUCCCAGUCAAAGACGAGAAGGGUGCACUCGCUCGGCGUAUCAAUCACGACAUCGAUGACCUGGCUAGCGAGACGGGCAGCUAUGCCACGACGGCAACGAGAUCCACAGGAGCGACUAGUCGACCGCGCAGCACGACAAAGUCUAGACGUCGACUCAAGCUUGAGCGAAGCAAGCACAAGAAGGUUGCAUUUUCCCUCAUGGGUGUUGCAGUCGACCUCAUUGUCUUCCCGCCGAACUCAGGAGAGACAAUUAACUCCAUCAACGUCCGCGUACAAGACCUCGAGGUUUUCGACCACGUUCCUACGUCAACAUGGAAGAAGUUUGUCACUUGCGCCAUUGAUCCAAAUAUGCGGGAGCUCACUCGCCCAAUGAUCAACCUCGAACUCGUGACGGUCAAGCCAGUCACGGACUUGGCUGCAUCCGAGCUCGUCAUAAGGGUCAGCGUACUGCCGCUUCGCCUGCAUGUCGACCAAGAUGCACUGGAUUUCAUCACCCGCUUCUUCGAGUUUAAAGAUGACUCUGUGCCAGCUAGUCCUCCAGCUAGCGAUCAGCCAUUCAUUCAACGUCUUGAAGUCAUGGCAGUCCAUAUGAAGCUCGAUUACAAGCCAAAGCGUGUCGACUAUCGCGGUCUCCGUUCGGGCCACACGACCGAGUUCAUGAACUUCUUGAUCUUAGAUGGCUCUGAUAUUGUCCUGCGGCACGCAAUUGUUUAUGGCAUCACUUCUUUUGACAAGUUGCACAAGACACUAAACGAUGUCUGGAUGCCUGACGUCAAAGACAAUCAGCUCCCGGGUGUUCUUUCUGGACUGGCGGCCGUGCGACCUCUCGUGAAUGUCGGCUCCGGGCUCAAAGAUCUUGUGGUUGUACCAAUGCGCGAGUACAAGAAGGAUGGGCGCAUCGUUCGCAGUUUGCAAAAGGGCGUCUACGCUUUUGCCAAAAACACAACCUCUGAGGUAGCACGUUUGGGUGCCAAGGUCGCGAUCGGCACCCAGAAUCUGCUUGAAGGCGCAGAAGUCUUUCUCAAUCCGCAAACCGCUACACCUAGUCGCCAGGCGCACGACUGGGAUGGAGAGGACCCAAGUUCGGAUUCUGAAGAGCCGCGCGCAGUAUCGAAUUACGCCAAUCAACCGAUCGGUGUGCGCGCCGGUCUACGGAGCGCGGCUCGACACCUUGAGCGUGACUUGCUGACUGCACGCGACGCGGUAAUAGCCAUACCUGCGGAGGUCAUGGAAGAAGGCAGCGGCACGGGAGUAGCAAGAGCUCUUGCUAGACAUGCACCUACUGUUGUACUACGGCCUGCACUCGGUGCGACAAAAGCGCUGAGCAACGCAUUGCUCGGUGUAGGAAACGCACUCGAUGCCAGUUCGAGACGCAAAAUUGAAGACAAAUACAAAUCAUACUAGACCUUUGGCAGGAGCCAAAUACCACCAACUUCGAACCAUUGCGCGUUUCCUUCUUGAUCAUGUCAGUUAUGGAGGUUUUUCCAAUUUCGUGUUUUUUACUUGGGCUGUUAGAUUGCGUGCAUAGCGACGGACGACGGAGUUUUAGGCUGGCUGGCUGGAUGGAUGGAAGGGGCGUCCUUUCUUCAAAUGCUGCUUUGACUUCUUUCUUGCUUUCUUUCUCUCCUUCUUUUCUUUCGUUUCACGUCUCCCACCGACAUAGAAAUAGUGGUUUUCAGUGGUUUUUUUGCAUGUUUUCCUUUUGUGUGUUACUUGCCGGAGCUUUAUUCAUUCCUUUUUUUUUCUCUUUCUUCUUCUUCUCUCUUUCACUUCAAGAUAUCCC